AUGCCACGCGCAGCCCGCCACCCGCCGUCCCCGCCCCGCAGGCGCGAGGCGCAGGCGGACGCCGCAUCCGAGCCCCUGCUCUCCUCCUUCCUCUACGCUUCCAUCCUGUCCCACGACUCCUUUGAGCGCUCCCUGGCCUUUGUGCUGUCCAACCGCCUCUCCGACGCCACCUUCCUCUCCACCGAGCUCUUUGAGGUCUUCUACUCCAUCCUGCGCUCCAAGCCAGACAUCAACCAGGCCGCGCUGGCAGACAUCGCCGCCGUGCGGGAGCGGGACCCGGCCUGCAUGUCGUACAGCCAGGCCCUGCUGCACUUCAAGGGCUUCCACGCCAUCCAGGCCCACCGCAUAGCGCACGAGCUGUGGAGCCGCGGGCGGCGGGUGAUGGCGGUGGCGCUGCAGUCGCGCAUGAGCGAGGUGUUUGCGGUGGACAUCCACCCGGCGGCGCGCUUCGGCAAGGGUAUCCUGCUGGACCACGGUACCGGCGUGGUGAUCGGCGAGACCGCGGAGCUGGGCGACAAUGUCUCCAUACUGCAGAACGUGACGCUGGGAGGCACCGGCAAGGUGCACGGCGACCGCCACCCCAAAAUCUCCGACAAUGUCCUGAUUGGAGCCUCCGCCUCCAUCCUGGGAAACAUCCGAGUGGGCAAGGGGGCGCAGGUGGCGGCGGGCUCGCUGGUGCUCAAGCCGGUGCCGCCGCGCACUCUGGUGGCGGGUUCGCCUGCCAAGGAGAUUGGC